AUGCUGAAUAAUCCAUCCUCAAAAGCUGAACAAUCCAACCCUGAAGUUCCUUCAGCAGUACUUUAUUCUCUUGGCAAAAAACAAGGUGUUCAAUUUUCAAAUGCAGUCAAUAAUUUAGGAACAAAUGUUGAUCAAUUUCAAAAAGAUAACUCACAUUUUUUUAAUAAUCAUGGCGUUAAAGCCGAAUCUAACUUAAUAAAUAAUAUUGGGCUUGCUUCUGAUCAACCAAGGGAACCAUCAAGAUCAAAGGUAUAUGCAAUAGGAGCUAAUAGUGGCAUACAGUAUCCUAGUACUUUUAAUAAUUUUGCGACAAAUAUUGAAAAUUCUGAUAAUGAAUUAUUGUCAGCAAUCCAUACUUCAAUCGGUACUCAAUAUCCAAACUUUAUCGGCAAUUCAGGACCCAAUAUUGAUAAACUGAACAAGGAAAUGUCACCUAAUAAACUUUAUUCCUUUGGCACUAAUACCGGAACUCAAUAUUCCAAUCUAAUCAGCAAUUUAGGCUCCAAUACUGAUCCAUUUAGUAAAGAGUACUCAUCAGCAAUACUCAAUUCUAUGAACACAAAUGUUGGUACCCAAUAUCCAAAUUUAAUAAAUAAUUUGGGAUCAAACACGGAUAAGGCGAAUAGAGAAUUAACAGCAAUUAUUCAUGGAGCUAAUACGGGAGCUCUAUAUUCUAAUAUGAUCAGUAAUUUAGGACCUAAUGCUGACCAAUCAAAUCAAGGUUUAACAUUAGCCAUUCUAAGCUCUCUUCCAACUUCACAGCCUCGUUUAGGCAGCAAUUUAGGAUUAAAUACUGACCAAGCUCAGAAAAAAUCGUCAUCAGGAGUGCUUCACUCUGCAGUUGAAAAUUCCGACACUCUAUAUUCUAAUAAAAUCAGUGAAAUAGGAUCGAAAUCAGAUCAGUCUAAGCACGAAUUGUUAACAACACUACUUCAUGAUCUCGGUAUUACUACUGGGAGCCAGUAUAAUAAUUUGAUCAGAAAUUUAGCGGCCGAUCAGUCUAAUAAGGAAAUCCCACCAGCUGUAAUAUAUUCUACUGAUUUAAAUUCUGGACAGACACAUAUGGACUCCAAUCCACGUUACAGCCAUCUUCUUCAGCAGUCAUCUCCUGGUUUUAACACUGGAUCCAAAAACCAUUUGAAUUCUGUUUUGAACAGUGCUUUUGAAAAAGGAUAUACACUUCACAAUGGUGAAAAUUUACAAAGCGUAAGUCCUCAUUACCAUGCAACAAGUACACAAGGAGAUGGCUUAAAUCUUAUCAGCAAAAAUCCUUCCACUUCACAAACAUUAUUUGAAAGUGGUAGUUACAUCCCCGGCUUACAGCAAGCAGCCAACAUGCAGAAUAUUAAACCCAACUAUUUCACUCAAGAUAAUCUAUCAAAAUAUAUAGUCUCUUCAUCUCCAACGUAUGUUGAUAAAAUUCCCAAUCACGAAGAAGAUAAAGUACUGAUCUCACCGUCGGCCAAAACCCAACCAACACAACGUAAGUACCACCGCAACCAUGUAGAUUAUUUUACUUUAAAGACGCUGGCCUGA